AUACGAAUUAUCUAGGUUAUUCGAUCAAUUCGCUUAAUAAAUUUAUUAUAAUAUAAAGCGAGAAUAUUAUACAGUUUUUAUUGAUGUACUUUUGAAUUACGUUUAAUAAUCUUUUUUCGUUCGAAUCAGAAAUUUUUUUUGACGAGAAGUGGACCAUCAGUUUUCAAAUGGUAGGAUUACAACAACGCAUUAAUUAUUACUUCUUUAGUCAGCUGAAACAAGUGUUGCGGGGAGUCGACAAAUUUCAAGUGACAUCGCUAGUGCCGCGAAACGAUCUUACGCGUUAUAUGCUGUGCAAUCGAAACCAAAGUUAAGGACGAGACGAAGAACGAGGAGAGGAGAAGAGAAAGACACCGAGGGAGGAACUCCUUUAACCAGUUCGAAAAAACGGUCGAAAUGAGAAGGUGCGGCUUCGUCCUGUGGUUGGUCCUCGCUUGCCUCACCAGCGACGCGUUGCAACAGUACAGGGAAAAGAACAUAAGCGGCGCCGAGACAGACGCGGUACACGCGAUAUUGGCCAGAUACCUUCAGAGGCGUCUUCAGGGGUCUCAGCUGUCGACGCCUCCGCCUCCGGCGGUCCUCUUCAGUAGCCAUAACCAGGCCAGAGUGAGACAAGGUCAGAGGACGACUGGCAAUGCAUUGCCGAGGAAUGUGAGCGAGAAAGAGAGGAGGGGAGGGAUGGAGGAUUACGAGGAUUACGAGGACGACCUUGAGGGCUUCGAGGACAGUGAGAGGAGCAGGACCAGAUUCGAUUUGUUCGCCGACGACUGUCCCAACUGCGUGGACGAGCACAGCAGCAACCUCGCCGCCUCCAGAUGGACCAUGCCGCUGUUGAAGCUCGGCGAGAAAAGAUAUUACCUGGGGAUCUUCUUCAAGGCCAAUUGGUACAGAGCGUCUCAAUAUUGCCGAUACCACGGGAUGCAUCUGGCGAGCAUAGCGUCGCAGGAGGAAAACGACAGACUGGAGAAACAUAUUAAAGAUUUCGGUCUUGGACACGAGCACUUUUGGACCUCUGGUACGGACCAGGCCGAAGAAGGUACUUUCUUCUGGAUGGCCAAUGGCAGACCCAUCACUUUUGAAAAUUGGAACGUAGGCGAGCCGAAUAAUUUCAGAUACGAGAACGGCGAGGAAGAACACUGCCUCGAGCUGUGGAAUAGGGAUGGAAAGGGAUUGAAGUGGAACGACAGUCCGUGCAGUUUCGAAACCUUUUUCGUUUGCGAGGUGCAAUGAUCGAUCCAUCCAACUACGAGAUUGACGAAACACGAAUCUUCCAAGAUCAUCGAUUGGAUACAACAUCGAUCUACUACUACCUUAUCGAGUCAGCUAGCUAUUGCCCGAUCGAUUCCUCUCCAUCGAGACCAUCCAACAAAAUAGAACAAAACUGACUUUUUAUGUGUGUUACGUGCGUGUAUUUCACACGAGCAGCGCUCGAUGGAUGUAGUCGUUGAAGGAAUCGUAGUCAGAAUGAUGAACCUGUGUGUAAAGAUAUUUUUGCGAAACUCGUAAAGUUUGCUGCGUUCUAUUUUGUAUUUGAAGAAUGUCAUAAGCGUAUAUAAUAAACAGAAAUAAUAAAAAUGUCUUUUUUACCGGAUAAGAACUGAUUUAACAUUUAGCUUAUUAUCUUAUUCACGUUUCUCGUAGAUAUACUAUUUGCUUUUUAAACUUAAAGAUUAGAAGUAGAAUAAGAACUUAUAAGUUUUAAUAUCGAUAUAAGUAUAACGUAAAUUAGUCAUUUGUCGUUAAUAUAAGAAUUUUUUUUUCUUUUUUUUUUUUUUUUUUGGAUAAUAGAUAGAUUUAGAUGGUAAAUAAAUUGGAGUUCGCGUGCUAUUUAUUUUUCUAAAUAAAAAACUUAUAGAAUUAUAGAUACAUCGUUUAACUCGUAAAACUCGAGUGAAUGCAAAGAUCGUUGUUAAGUCAGUUAAGUCAGAAAAUCAGGGAAUUUUUCAAUUUUACCGAUCAAUGGAAUCGACGAUUAUUCGUUAAAAUUUGAAGUUCCAUCGAUUGGCAAAAUUUUUGACUUCUUAUUCUUAUAUAAGCUAUCAUUUUCCUUUUUCAUUAACCAAAACCACAUUAAGAAAAUAUGAAGAAAAAGAAAAAUAUAAGGAACGUUAAAACGCGAGUAUGAUUAACAACGAUAUGAUUAAAUCAUGAAUAACAUAAAAUAUAUUUUUAUUUUCUAAUUAAUAAUUAGCAAGCAAAAAAUAAAUAACUAAAUCAAUAAUCAGAAAUUAUUAUGUUGAAUAUCAUAUAGCAAUUAGCGAUCAAUUUAAUGUUUAUGAGCGAAAUAUGUUUGAUUGAAAUUUUAUGAUUUUGAUAUGGAAACGCUAAAUUCAGAUGUUAUAAACGAAAUUAUGUAUUUACACGUGGCAUCAUAUAGCACUAUGCAAUAAAAUCCAAAUCAAAUAUUA